CCCAUGAUAUUUCUAUUGCAUUACGAACCCAUACAGUACGGGUACUCGAGUACUCGAGUACUGCAAUACUGGUAUGCUCCUAUACUCGAGUACUGAUUAAGUUGCGGUACAGUGUAACGGUUUGUACCUCCCACCUGAUCCGAACCCGAGAUCCCCUCUCUCUCUGGGCAGGGGGAGGUGCAGUAAAUGAUAGCAGCUGACAUGAUUUUAGAGGCUUAUGAAGGAUUAUUGUGCUCACAUAGUACCGUACUAGUCCAGUAUCAUCCCGACACCCAUACUUGUGGUAGGCGAUGAUAUGGUAUGUACUGUACUCUGGGUCAAGUGACGGGGUAGGAAACUGUAGUCACGCUAAUAAAGUAGCUACCGUAUCUUGUUAUGUACGAGUACAGGUACAAGUGUGCUCGUAACUUGCGAUAUCUUUGUUAGGCAUCCCUGGAGCUUUUGAACUCGGAAUGCCGCCUAUGGUAGGGUAAGCGGAAUUAUGACAGCUUCGGGACCCGCCUCCCCAAUCCCUCUCUGCCCUUUGCCGUGCUGGGUAGACUACCGUCCUAGUACGAAUAAGCGUAUCACACCGGACUCUUAUCCUUCUUGUUCAACUUGUAUGAUACAUCCAGCUCCGCCCACCCUAUCAUCCUUCAAACACACACACACACACACUCUCUCUUUCUUCCCCCCCCACCUCCCUACCCACACCCUACACGGACACGGAUCUGUCUUCGUUCAUUCAUCCAUUCAUCCAUUCAUCCAUCCGUUUAGAUAUCGCACUCUACUCGCUAACAACAAGAUUGAAUCCUUAUCUCUACUGUUACUCGCAAAGAAAGGAGAAGAAAAAGAAAAAGAGAAAAGGAAAAAAAACACAAAAAAAAACUUUCCGCAAUCUCCAUCGUUCUGCUCAGGGAGGUGACUCCUCCGCGGAACCUCCCCGCAGGCUGCUCUCAGUCGGUUCUGAAUGUCGCUGCUCAUUUAUACAGCCCAUACUGGAGGAACCCUACAAGCUGAUCGCCAUUCCUUCACCUCGUACGUCUUCCCCCAUCCGUGUAGCUCCAAAGCUUGUCAUCCCCAAACUGACCAUGUGUGACUUAUAGCGUCGAUGAGCUUCGAAAAUGGAUAGGCGAGACAAUAUCUAUGGCUCCGGCCUGUCAAAUCAUUAUGACGGCUAGGGGGACCAACGUGAAGAACCAGUCGCUUCCCAAUGAGGUCAGCUCCACCGCCCCCAAGUAUAUAUUGCACCCCUUUCAGUUGCUGACCCUAUCGGACUAUAGAAGGAGCUCUACCUCUUUGAUCGCAGACUUCUCGACUCCUCCUCCUCACCCCCGACCGAACUUGUCCCUAGGCUACAAACUCCGUCCCCCUUUCCAACGAACCUCGAGUCCGAGACUGAGCUAUCGUCCUGGCGGACAUUGUUUAAGAAACGUCUCGCAUGGUCCGAGUCUAUCCUCUCGCAUGCCCAGAACCUGGCAACGGCCAUCUCGGAAACCGAUGCGUCGACAAACGUCGUCCAACGCAGUGUCCAGAUCGCAUUCUCGAACCUGGAGGUCCACUCGGUUGGAUUGCAGAACUCGCUUGUGAAAUUGCGGGAGUGGGCGGAGGGCAUGUUGGUUCAGCAGGACCGGGUGUUUCAGGAGUGGGAACCGGCCAUAAAGCGGUUGGUCCGCAUUCCUGUCCACGACGAGGUCAAGAAGUGUGGGCAGGAUGGGUCCGGCAAGGAGAGGAAGGUUUCCACGCUCGUGGACUUUUUCGAGGUCAAGCAGGUUCAGACCUCCGCUGUUGCGGCGAGGGGCUUGGCGCAGCAAUUUGAGAAAGAGGUUGUCGAUCUUGGGGGCACUAUCGAGGAGAUUUGCGCUAGGACGUCGGAUCUUAAGGAUGAUAUUCAGAAGGCAAGGUGGGUUUGGUUGGUGGUUUGGCCUUGUGUUGGUCGCGUGAGCUGACCCCACCAUAGGACAUCAAGACCGCGCAAUGUUCUUGAGGAUAUGAAGGUCCUGCUGGGCGAGAUUGACGUUUUGGUCAAGAAAAUUAGAACGGGUGUGUGUCUCUUGGAUCGUCGUUCGCAUUAGUCCUUGCAUGUACGAACCCAGACUGAGACCAAUGGGUGAUAGACUAUGAGUACGUUCAGAGUUUACAGGGCCCGAAAUCGGUUUCCACAGCUUCAAAGCGUGCUUACGCGUCCACCACGGAUUACCUCCCCGGCUUGGUUAACAUUGUUAAUGAUAUGGGCCGAUUAUUACAAAUGGCCAUUAAACAGAAGGUAAUCGAGGGUUCGAAUUUCACCACGGGAGUGUAUCUAAUGUUUGGAUGUGAUAGAACGAGACUAGUGCAACAAGUGUAAGACAACUUCAGAUGGUUGCCUUUGUCCAAUCACUCUCCGCUCCCGUAAAUCCUCAAAUACAGAAGAUGGACUCGGCUUACCAAGAAGAAGACGAGCACUCACGAUUACUCUCUCUGGUCAUUCGGUUCCCCAAGGUCUACGGAGCCCUGCUCGUUGAAUGUGUGCGGCGAAGGGAAUGGUCGGAGAGGUUUGCCAAUGAUAGCAAGAGGGUAGCCGAGGAAUUUGCAUUAUUAAGAGAGGAUGAAGAAAAGAGACGAAAGAAAUGGCAGCGUAGCACUGGGACCUAUCUCCCCUUUGACCUGGAAGACGAUACCUCAGAGAUUAUGCGUGCAGAACUCAACACCCGCGGGGACUUCAGUGGUGGGUUGCCGAGAAUUUCAAGACAGGAUGUUGAAUCCUUCCUUUCGGUAGUACAGAAUAUUGAGGGCUUGGAUGGUGUCGUGAAGGAGGUGAGGCAAUUAUAUCAAGAUCUUGAUAGGCCCCAUGGACGGCGAAGUAAGCGGCUGAAGGGCUUCAAGUUUGGGAGUGUCCAUGAGGCGAGCUUGGGAGUCUCGUCAAUAUUUGGGCGAAAUGAGGAAGAGGAGGUCAAGAUACUUCGUGAGGAUAAACAAAAUCUUACAGAGCGGAUAAAAGGCUACGAGUCCAGGAUACGGAAACUCGAGGACUUGCUACAUAGGGGACGAACAAGUGGUGGGAACAUGUAUCAAGUCACCGGCUCAUCAACUCCGCAGCAACCUUCUACCCCUCAACCUGGUCAGACUUCGUUCCCCACUUCGAUAGCUGGACCUUUACUCUCCUCAGACCGGCCAGGUUCACCUGCCACUAUUCGACGGAAAUCGGCGGAAAAUGCUGACAAACCAAUGGUAGUGCGUAUCUCUGCAUUGGAGGCUGAGCUUGCCGCGGAGAAGGAAUUGACCGCUCAGCUGCAGAGGGACGCUUCUUCUCGCGUAGAUCUGGAGAAGGCCAUGACCACUCGGAUGGCUCUGGCUGAUGAAACCAAGCGAGAUCUUGUCGCUAAUUUGGAGGAUAUGGACCAGCAGCAUAUCGUUGAGAGGAGGGUGUUGGAGAAGGAGAUUGAGGAAUUGCGACAGAAGCUUGAUGAGGCCUAUGAGGAGAUGGACCGGAUAGAGGAGGGAAGGAAUGAAGAGGCGGACAAGCGGUCCGUCGCUGAAGAGCGCAUGAAAGGACUCGAAGGGGAGUUGGCCAUAAUGGGUGAAGAGGUUGACAGAUUGAGGAUGCUCAGUGAGGGCGAGGCUAAAAGGGUUAAGGAAUUGGUGGAGGAGGUUGAAUUUGUCCGUCGUGCGUCCGAUCAUGAUGUUGAAGACCUCCGUGGGGUGCUCGAGGCUCAAAAGAAGCUGGUAGAAGCAGAAAAGGAGAAGGCACAAAGGGCAGAGUCUGCCUUGAGCGAAUCACAAGAUAAGAAUCGAGAGUUGGUCGGGACCGUCGGAACUCUGGAGGCCCAAAUCACGCAAAUGAAGGACUCUUUAGACACCCUCAGCGCCCGGUAUACCACCCAGCAACAGGGACAAGAAUCAAUCGCAGCUGCGAUAAAGAGAGUACACGGCCAGCUCUCUACUGACUCACUACCGGAUAAUAUGGACACUGUGGAAGCCACCCUGCAAGCGUUGGUCGACAAGGCACUAGGGCGCAUUAAGGAGCUUGAUGCUAAGGCGAAAGACGAGGAAGCGAGGGCGAAUGAGGUCGGAACGAGCAAAGCGCUUCUGCAGUCUCGAUUCGACUCGCGUACGAUCAAGGCGAAAGAUCUCACUCAACGGCUCUAUACACAUAACGCACGAUCAAUCCAAUUGCUCGAGUCGAUAGGCUACCGCAUAGUCCGCGGUGAGGACUCGAUACAGAUCGUUAAAGUUCCCAAGAGCUCUAAUACCGAAUCUACUGUGCUUUCCCGGAGCGCUAAUAAUCUGGAAGGAUCGAUCGUUGGAAGGCCGCCGCCGCUGUCGCUGGUGCACUCAUCCACGGUCGAAGACAUCAAUCUUCUUUACUGGAUGGAAACCGAAGACUCUGACGCAGAGACGGAAAAGUACACGCAGUAUCUCAAGAAAAUCGGGGCAUUUGAUCUCGACGCGUUCAGUGACACCGUCACCAGUCGCGUCAAAAAGCUUGAGCAGGACUGCAGACAACUAAUGAAGCAAUGUCGCUCCUAUCGGGAAAGGUACUACCGAUCCCGCGACGAAGCGAAUGAGAAGAUCGCAUACAAAUCUUUUAAGCCUGGAGACUUGGCCCUCUUUCUCCCAACCAGGAAUUCGGUGACUCGUCCCUGGGCAGCCUUCAACGUGAACGCGCCACACUUCUUCCUGAAGGAAGACUCGUCUCACAAACUUGCGAAUAGGGACUGGCUGCUAGCCCGCAUCUCCAAGAUUGAGGACAAGGUGGUAGACCUCUCUCGUUCAACCGCAACUCUAACACUUCCUCCCUCCUCCUCCGCCUCCUCUUCCUCGACCGACAAACCCUUCUCUGCUGCCCCGCUCGACGACGAAAAUCCCUUCGAACUCUCCGAUGGCCUGAGGUGGUACCUCCUCGACGCGAUUGAGGAAAAACCGGGUGCACCAACAACCCCCGGCCUCUCCUCCAGUACUGUUGCAGCUGCAAACGUGGAUGCCAAAGGAAGCCUACGAGCACGCAAGGGCGUCACCGGCGCGAAGAAGACGCUAACGCAGAUCACCACGGAGCACAACAGCCGCCGGAGUUCUAGCGGGAGCAAUUCGCACCGAAACUCGUUGGUUGUAGGACCGGAUGUCGUGGCAAGUCUCCGUGAGGCGGUAGUCAACGGCGGAGCUGCUGGAAGUGCCGUUGAAUCUGUGCCUGGAACUCCGAUCACCGGGGUCGGAGAGAAGGGGAUGGAAGCACUUAGGGGAAUUGUUGCUGCUGCAAGUGCUGUUAGUGGUAAUAAUGGUGGGAACGAUGCCCCACCCGGCGGUGCCAGGGCAUGACGGUGGUGGAGUGCCUUUCGGAGUGAUUGAGUGAUUGAGUGGGUAGCAUCAUUGGCAGAUCAAACCAGGUAAAUUUUCUCGUGUGGAUGCGGUGGUGUAUGACGGACUGACCGGUGUACGGGGUUUCUUUCUGUCUGUCUUUCUAUAGCUAAGCUCUUGAUUGAUUGAUUGAUUGGUUGGGGUUGUCAUGGUGUUUCUCGCAUGGCAUGCUAAUGUAUUGCACUGCACUCUGCUGCUCUGGAAGACAUGGGCAGGAUGAGUUGUUGGGUUGAUGCUUUUUAUUUUUUAUUUUAUUUUUCCUGAUUGUCAUUACCCCUGUUUUCCUUUCUUCUGUCUGUCUAUGGAACGGGAAUGGGAAAAGCUGGUAUCAUUUGGUUUGGCACACUUCAUUUCAGCCUCGCGCAUAGGUGCAUAGGUGGGCUUGAGCAUGUAAGUACUCAUAUAUUUCAAACAAUUUAGAGAGAUCAUCAACCACCUUC